AUGGAAGCUCAAAAAAGGGGAUCAGCGAAAGGAAAGCGCAAGGCCGAGAGUAAUGUGCAACAAUCAAGAGUUGGCCGAGAUGCAUUUUUUAAUUUCAUGAAAAAAGAGCGACUUGAAAUGGGGAAAGGGGCCAAUGCAAAGUUGGACAGUAAGGUACAAGAAGAGAUUGCUAACAAGUGGAGGAAAUUGAACCCUACAGAGAAGGCAACAUAUGGUGCUGCCUUGGAAGGUUCGAGUGGGAAAGUACAAGGUUCGACUGGGCAAGUAGACGACUCAGUGAAUGAGAUGGGUUUUAUCACUGGAUGCAGCUUGGACCGAUUCCAUCGUACGAUGGAAAAAUUGUCGAAUGAGAAGCGGUUAGCAAUUAAUGCUAUUGGGUUCGGUAAUAUGGCAUCAUUGUCCUGCACUCGUUUACACCGCCAACUAUGCCAAUUUUUGAUUCAAAGGUUCAAUCCUGAUACGUCCUCUAUAGAACUGCACGGCAAUGUGUUUGGAAUAGGUGCCGUUGAGUUUGGGCGUGUUAUGGGGCUUAAGAACACCGGCGAGGAUGUUCAACUGGACUGUGCUGUAGAAGAUGAAAAUGUGAAACAGUUAGUGAAGAGUUUCGAUGGAAAUGGCAAGAGAGUAUUAGUAAAGGGUUUAGCAGAACAAUUGGAAAAGUGCGAACAUGUGGAUGAGGACUUUAAAGUUCGAUUCGUGAUGUUUGCACUUGGCACUGUACUUUGCCCCACAUCUUCACCAUCAGUGAUCGGGAACUAUUUAACUUUCUUGAUGAUCCCAGGGAAGAUAGAGACCAAGAACUGGGCCGACCAUGGAUUCAACUUCUUAUGUGAAGGUGUUAGGUCGUUCCAAGCGAAGAAAGUUUCAUAUGUAAAUGGGUCACUACUUUUUCUCCAACUAUUCUAUUUCGAUUCAAUUCUCCAUGGUGGAGUAUAUGUUGAUAAGUCUUUGGAUCCCAUUGUGUCAUGGGACAAUAAGUCGGUGUGGAAAAUGAUUAAAUGGGUUAGAAAGCAAGGUGGGUUUGAUAGUCCUACCGUUCGGGUUGUUUCAAAGCACCGUCCAACGAAUGAAGUGUCCGGAGUCAACGUUGAAAGAAUUGUUGAACAAGUUGCUAUCAGAUUGGCGCCGGUAAUACAGGCGGAGGUGAAGCGAUCAGUGUUGGAACUCACCGACAAGGUAAUGAGUGAAAUGAGAUCCUUCAUGAAAGACGCAAGACAACAUCUUCAUCCGACACAUGAAGAUGUAAAUGAAACUGAGGACGGGGCAUUGAAAAUACGAGAUCAAGGUGUUGAGAAUGUUGUGAAGAAGAAGGGUGAAGAAUGUAGCCAAUUGAAGGAGAAAGGUGCAGUUGAUGAAAAAAAUCAUUGGACGCCAUUACCGGAUGGACAGAGUUUCAGUGAACCCGAGUUGAAAAUUGGCGUGGAAAAGAGGAAGUUCACAAAAUCGGCCCGUGGUGAUCAUAGUGGCAUUAAAACACGUCGAACGACCGAAAGGCUUCCAGGGCUUCAUUGUAGAGAGCCAUGGGUUGACCCUUCAAAUGCAAAAGGAAAGGCUGUGCAGAAGACGGUGUCUAAGAUUAAAAUUGGGCCUUUCAAAUUAAAACCCGGGGACUUACAAGACACUGAUUUUGAGUUAUUUAAUUAUAUUUUUAGGUCUAACAACCUUCCAAGGUAUCGCCACUAUGCGGACUUACGUGAAGCGGUCACUGCUGAAGCUGCAACCGAGCUUUUCGACCUAAUUGCUGGGUUGAAUGCUGUACUAUUUUCAACUGCAUCGGAAGCAAGCGUAGAGAUUAGGCGCCUACGGCAAGAGAUUGAGAAAUUGAAGAACACCUCGGGAACAACCAUUGCGAGUUCGGGUCUUGUUCAACACGUCGUAGAUGAUGAUGUAGAACAUGAGUUUCGCACAAAAUUUAAACAUGACAUAGGUAGAAAGGGAAAGACCAAACUUGUGAUACAAGAAGAGCAUGAAGAAGAUGAGGAAGAGGAAGAAGAAGAGGAAGAAGAGGAAGAGGAGGAAGAAGAAGAGGAAGAGGAAGAGGAAGAAGAAGAGGAAGAAGAAGAGGAAGAUGAAGAUGAAGAGGGAGAUGACGAGGAAGCUUGGGUGCGACUUGACACAUGGCCUAAGGGGAAACUGCAACCUACCCUUUUGCACAGAUCUCACAUAGCUGUUCUCAUCUGA